AAGGUGGUGGGAGGGAGUGGUGACAGCAGUGGACACACAGGGGGCCAACCUCAGGGGCUUUACUGUGGAGUUUCCAGGUUACGGCGAGAUGGGGCAGAAGCAGGUGCGGCCGUGGGAACUCCGCCCCUCCAUGGUGUACGACACCCAGGGGCACGUGUGGCAGCUGGUCAAAGUCAAGGGGGUGUCUCUUGCUGCUGUUGUGGGGGGAGUGGGUGGAGAGGAGGAGGAAGAGGAGGAGGAGGUGGAGUAUUUGGGGGAGGAUAAUGAUGCUCCAAUCGAACUGGUGGAGAGGCCACGGAAGAGGGGCCGGCCGCGCUUGUACUGAGGGGGGUGUGACGAAGGAUAGGGGCGGCAGCUGAUGACAGGAGAGAGAGAGAAGAGAGAGAGAGAGAGAGAGAGAGAGAAGAGAGAGAGAGAAGAGAGAGAGAGAGAGAGAGAGAGAGAGAGAGAGAUAGAGAGAGAGAGAGAGAGGAAGAGAGAAGAGAGAGAGAGAGAGAGAGAGAGAGAGGAGGAAGAGAGAGAGAGAAGAGAGAGAGAGAGAGAGAGAGGAGAGAGAGAGAGAGAGAGAGGAGAGAGAGAGAGAGAGAGAGAGAGAGAGAGAGAGAGAGAGAGAGAGAGAGAGAGAGAGAGAGAGAGAGAGAGAGAGAGAGAGAGAGAGAGAGAGAGAGAGAGAGAGAGGGGAGUUGCCAAUGUUGAAGAUUGCGUGUGGCGAUAUGCGUCCAAUUCGAUUGAGUCACUCGAGAGGGGUCCCAAAUGCUUGCUUCUCAACUUGGGUGUACUCUUGUAAUUUCAACCAUGUUGCCAGUAGUGGCCUCUGCUUUGUAGAAGACAGAAGGGCAGCACUGUCUUGCCCUUAGAUGUAUGAUAUGAACACCUAGAGAUUUUCAAUAGAUCAUUGUGAAUGUUACUUGUGAGCCUCAACCCUACAAGAUA